AGCUGGAAAGAACGAGCCUGAACCAGAGCAGCCUGUCCCCAGGAAGGUGGUCAUCAGGACGCUGUCUUCACCUGAUGACAUCGACCCUGACGUCCUCGAGAGCAUGCACUCCCUGGGCUGCUUCAGGGACAAGGACAAACUGACCAAAGACCUGCUGGCAGAGGAUGACAACCAAGAGAAGAUGAUCUACUUCCUGCUUCUGGAUCGAAAGGAGAGGUAUCCCAGCCACGAGGACCAGAACCUGCCUCCCCGAAACGAGAUCGCAGACCCCCCCAGGAAGCGAGUGGACUCACCCAUGCUGAGCCGCCACGCCAAGCGGAGGCCGGAGAGGAAGUCCAUGGAGGUUCUGACCGUCACAGAGGGGGGGUCUCCGGUGCCGGUCCGAAGAGCCAUCGACAUGGCCACCCACGGUCAGAGCAAAUCAGUUUUCAGUAAAAGCUUGGAUAUCACAAACACUAACUGCAGCAAGGAGGAAAGGUCACGGUCGAUCAGCGGAGCGUCCUCUGGUCUUUCCACCAGUCCUCUCAGCAGUCCCAGGCCCACCCGACGAUUUUUCAUCCCGCCCCAAUCCCCAGACCUGUGUCAGUCCCCCAACUGCAGCCCCAUCCACUCCUCAGAGGUCCGCCUUAAUGGGGUGGGGCCCCGUGCACAAAACUCCCACUAUCAGCCAAAGAUGGGGUCUCCCCUUAUGCAUCCACGCACGCAAACCCUUCCUGCCAAGCCUAAAGUGUCCGAGAAGCCCCUGCAGACCACCAGGUCCAACCCACUCCCCAACACAGUUCAGACCUCUAGCACUCCUAAGUCUGAGCCCUCCACACCGAGCCAGCCUCUGGCCCCCUGCACCCCCAACAGUCCCCGGGUGAGACGUCAGCCUCCCCUUACUGUCCCCCCAAAACUCUCCAUCCCGCUGUCCCCAGUGCCCCCUAUGUCCCCGCUCCGCCGCCACCUCCACCCUGACCACAAUGGCAAAUCUGUCCCCCUCACACAGGUAACCCCCCACCCUUCCCCCAGAGGAAGUCCUCUCCCCACCCCAAAAGGCACACCUGUGCACACGCCCAAAGACAGCCCAGCAGGCACGCCGAGCCCCACACCACCACCGAGCCCCUCUAUCGGGGGGAUGCCCUGGAGGACGCGCCUCAACUCCAUCAAGAACAGCUUCCUGGGCUCGCCACGCUUCCACCGCAGGAAAAUGCAGGUCCCCACCCAAGAGGACAUGUCCAGCCUCACCCCAGACUCUUCUCCAGAGCUGGCUAAGAAGUCCUGGUUUGGAAACUUCAUCAACCUGGAGAAAGAGGAGCAGAUCUUCAUCGUGAUCAGAGACAAGCCUCUCAGCUCUAUAAAGGCCGACAUUGUCCACGCUUUCCUCUCAAUCCCCAGUCUGAGCCACAGCGUCAUCUCUCAGACCAGUUUCCGUGCAGAGUACAAGUCCACGGCCGGUCCGACGGUUUUCCAGAAGCCGGUCAAGUUCCAGGUGGACAUCACCUACACCGAGAGCACCAGUAGCACCAAGGAGAACGGCAUCUACUCCGUCACCUUCACCCUGCUGUCAGGUCCGAGCAGGCGUUUCAAGCGUGUGGUGGAAACCAUCCAGGCCCAGCUCCUCAGUUCCAGUGAGCAGCCGGGCAUCCAGCCUCAGAUAUCUGAUGGCUCUCAGCGCUCUGCUUCUUUGCCCAGUAAAUCCUCCAAAUGUG